AUGUCGAACCUUCGUGUGGUCAAAGGACCCCAUGGGGUGAACAAGGUGCAUUGCGUCGACCGCCCCGACUGUAAGAAGACAAUCGUGUACUUUGGAGGGGACCAGAUACAUCAGCAUGGAGUGGAUGGGGUCAUCAUAGACCUGCAAAGCCCAACCAAGGUUGCCAAACUCCUGUGUAGCAGCAGUGGCGGAGCCGCAGUGUAUAGCAUCGAGCCUUCACGGCGUGAGGCAGGCAGCGCUUGCUACGACAACUUCCUGCACGGCUGCACGCUGAGCGGGGAGCCCCUGGGCUAUAAGGCCGGGCCUCUGAAGGCGCUGCCACAGCUGCUGGCCCUCCUCAUUGGGGCAGGCUGGGAGCACAGGGGGGGGGGGCGCGUUGACCUCAUAGCCUUCAGCAAGGGCGGCGUUGUGCUAAACCAGAUACUGACGGAGCUGGCGGAGCUUGCUUCACAUGGCUCCUCAACACCACUGGACGAGCCAGGGACCUCGAACGCCGCAGAGAACGUGCACCAGCUGACCUCUGCCCUACAAACAGUCCAGUACCUGGACGUGGGGCUCAACUGCCGCGGCGCCUUCCUCACAGACCCCCAGGUCUUUGUCGCGCUGGGUACAUUCGCGGCCAGGCACCCCCGCUUCCGGCUGGAGCUGUACACUACACCCUGGACCAGGGAAGGCAGCAGGAGGCCCUGGCUGGUCAGGGAGCGGGAGGCUAUGCUGAGACUGGCGACGCAGCGUGGCGUGCCCUGCCUCCACUCGCCCCUGUUUGCCGACGUGGUUGCAAAACAAUCGCCGCGGGACCUCCUGAUGCUGCACUUCAAGGCCCAUCUUGUCUUCUUGGCGAAUGAGAGUGCGGCCGACCCUGUCAUACUUGCUUGA